GGUUCUCUCUCUCUCACUAGAGAAAAAACAAUCAUUCACAGUCCGCACAUUGAUGCUCUAAUCUCUCUUGAUCUUGAUGCUACGACGACGACAACAAUGGUGACGUUCCGAAAUCUUGUUCUCAUCUUAUUGCUUCUCACCGUCGCUGCUCCUAUUCUUCUCUACACCGAUCCCUACGCCUCUAUCAAGACUCCAUCUUCUAAACGCGAUUUCAUCGAUGACGUAACUGCUCUGACUUUCAAUUCCGAAGAGAACCGUUUGAAUCUGCUUCCACGGGAAUCUCAGGCGGUGGUGAGAAGAGACGUCGUGGGUGUAGUGUAUUCCACGCAAGACUCUGAUUCUUCGCGGAAGCAAGAAACGAGAGACCAGUUUUCUGCUCGUGUUCUUUCAGCCGCCGACGAUGAGACUCAGUCUCAAACUGAUAAUCACAUCAAACAAGUCACUGAUACAGCUUCGGAGAUGGAUAAGCCAAGUGAUGUGCACGUUUCUUCUGAUACCUCUCAGGAUAAGGAAAGGAUGCAAGUUCAGUUGACUCAGAAAACCACUGAAAAGGUUGAUGAGCAAGAGCCUAAAGAUUUUGGAGCUGAGAAAGAGAGGGGAAAUGUGGUGAUGCCUGAUGCUCAGGUGAGGCAUCUUAAAGAUCAGCUGAUUAGGGCAAAGGUUUAUCUUUCACUUCCAGCUGCCAAGGCUAAUCCACAUUUUGUGAGAGAGCUUCGGCUCCGUGUUAAAGAAGUUACACGGGCUGUCUUAGAUGCCUCCAAGGAUUCGGAUCUCCCAAAGAAUGCUAUAGAAAGGCUGAAAGCAAUGGAGCUAACAUUGGCCAAAGGCAAGCAGAUCCAAGAUGACUGCUCCACAGUGGUGAAGAAGCUACGUGCAAUGCUCCAUUCGGCAGAGGAGCAGCUACGAGUCCAUAAGAAGCAAACCAUGUUCUUGACACAACUGACUGCCAAGACGAUUCCAAAGGGCCUUCACUGCCUCCCUUUACGCCUCACUACCGAUUACUACAAUUUAAAUUCGUCUGAGCGACAAUUCCCGAAUCAGGAGAAACUAGAAGAUAAUCAGCUUUAUCACUAUGCCCUCUUCUCUGAUAAUGUUUUGGCUGCAUCAGUUGUUGUUAACUCUACCAUAACCAAUGCAAAGCAUCCCUCAAAGCAUGUCUUCCACAUCGUCACAGACAAACUCAACUAUGCGGCAAUGAGGAUGUGGUUCUUAAACAACCCACCAGGCAAAGCCACCAUCCAGGUUCAGAACGUUGAAGAAUUUACAUGGCUGAAUUCAAGCUACAGUCCUGUUCUCAAACAGCUUAGCUCUCGGUCCAUGAUAGACUACUACUUCAGGGCGCACCAUACAAAUUCAGAUGCCAACUUGAAGUUCCGGAAUCCAAAAUACUUAUCUAUCCUUAAUCAUCUUCGCUUUUACUUGCCUGAGAUCUUCCCGAAGCUAAGCAAGGUGGUUUUCUUGGAUGAUGAUAUAGUUGUGCAGAAGGACCUUUCUGGUCUUUGGUUAGUUGAUCUGAAGGGUAAUGUCAACGGUGCUGUGGAGACUUGUGGGGAAAGCUUUCAUCGCUUUGACAGAUAUCUGAACUUCUCAAAUCCACUCAUCUCCAAGAAUUUUGACCCUCGAGCUUGUGGAUGGGCGUAUGGUAUGAAUGUUUUUGACCUUGACGAAUGGAAGAGGCAAAACAUAACAGAGGUUUACCAUCGUUGGCAGAAUCUGAAUGAAGACCGAGAACUAUGGAAGCUAGGGACGCUGCCGCCUGGUCUCAUCACAUUUUGGAAAAGAACAUACCCGCUAGAACGGAGAUGGCACGUGCUGGGACUUGGAUACAACCCAAGUGUGAACCAGAGAGAUAUUGAGAGGGCAGCCGUCGUACACUACAAUGGCAACCUCAAACCAUGGCUCGAGAUUGGGCUUCAAAAAUAUCGAGGCAUUUGGUCAAAGCACGUAGACUAUGAGCACGUUUAUCUCAGAGAAUGCAACAUCAAUCCUUAGCAAUAGAGUCUCUAUUGAAGAGCAGUUGUAAUAUGCGUCAAACUUUAUUUCUUUUAUUAUUUUUUGAUGAGAUCUUCAUUACAUGAGAAACCAAAUUGUAGAUGAUACGUAAACUACAUUUGUUUGGAUAGUAAAGACCGAUGUUAUUAGUGAAAUAUACCUG